AUGAAGAAAUCCCAUCCACCGGCGGAGGGCGUCUUCAAAUGUUCGAAAUGCCAGUUUAGUGUGAAGUUUGAUGAUAAAGGCUCACGUCCGCGUUACCUAAAACCAGAUAUUGUUCUUCUCGAAGAUGGGUACAUAAUGCGCGAUCCUUUUGUCGAUGGCGGAUCUGGCGGAAUUAUCAUUGGCGCUGAUUGUUGCGUGUGUGACGAAAGUGUUUGUGUCUCGCCCGAAUGCUCAUUCUUCUACGCAAAACGAUAUUGUAGGGACUGUGCCACUAAGAACCUAGACCACUUCCCAGAAGAAAUCCACAAGGAACUUCUACGAAAUCUCAAAGAGCAUUGA